GUUACUAUUUUACCCUUUCAAAAAUAUUAAAAAUAUGGUCAAAGUCAAAAUUCUUAAUCAACUACCUGACAUUUGGAUGAAAACCGUCCAAAAGGGCCUCCGCCGCAACAUUUCGAAAGGUUUGGGGUGGCGGUUGCAAUAAAUUAAAAGUUUGGGAAAAGUCUGCUAAUAUUUUAAAGAUUUGGAGCGUCUACUGCAAUAUUCCCUUCCAAUAAUUACAUAUCUGAUUUGACCUAUGGAUGAACAUGCUUCCUUUGUAUCUCACAUGGUUUCUAUUUGGAUCGGAAUUCGUUUGAUGGUUCGAGAGUAGUUUCAAAUAUUUGUCACAUCCUCAGUGCAGUCCUUGCUCAUCAUCCACGGGCCCUAUCUUCAAGUAACUAUGUUUCAUAAUAGCAUUUGUAAGGACUAUCAAUACAUUAAAUAAUAAUAAUAAUAAAUAAAACGUAGUCUUUUGACUAUGGUAAAACUAAAACCUAAUUACUUGGACCAAAUGAAAUAUAGGCAAGACAAGAAUUAGAGGAAAGUUAGGAAAUCAUAAGACUAAUCUCAGCCACGCAAAUGCAUUGCUGUAAAGCAUUACCAUUCCAAAUACUUAUAAAUAAACUGAAAGUAAUUUUACCAAAAAAACAAUUACAAAUUAUUCUUCUUCACUUCUGUAAGUUCCCCUCAGCCUGAUGCAUCAUUUUGCAGUUAAAAACAACCUUAUUGAUACAAAUGCAGAGACAACCAAACUAGAUUUUAAAGGCAGUGAUUCCACCCCUCUUUGUCCUAAGCCUCGUCGGCUCAGGUCAGCCUUGCCUGAAUAUCUUAAUCCUCUCAAAUGCAGCAAGAACAGCAAGCCAAAUUCUGAUGCAAGAAGUGGGGUUCCAUACAUGCUUGCAGAAAAGACAACAGAUGGACGAGGAUGCAUGUGCACUGGAUGCUCUCCCUCUUGUUACUCGGGAUCUCCACCGAGUAGGACGGAUAAUCCAUUGGUUCAUGAUGUGCAGUUCGUGCAUCAGAUGGAGGUGUUUUCGCCUUUCACUCGAAUAGAGUCACAGUCUAAUAAAUUUGAAUUCAGUACAUCUGCUUCUCCGUUUUGAGUUAGAUAUCAUUAAAACUUUGUUAAUGUAGUUGAGUUGUAAUUUUGCAGUUACAAGGAGAUUAAUGAAACGUGACGUAAUUUCUGUA